UGUCUCUGGUUCUGCUGAGUUGAUUCCGAGUAGAUUUCGAAUUGAUUCCAAGGUGUGACCUAACGAGCCCAGUAUCGACGAGCAACUGCAACGCUGAAAUGACGGAAGAGAAACACAACGAGAAAGCCGUGUCCGAUGAUGAAGAGGAGAAAUCGCUCAACUACAAGCCGCCGGCUCAGAAAUCCCUCGCCGAGAUUGUGCAGCUUGAUGCUGAGGAUGAGAGUCUGGCAAAGUACAAGAAAACUCUCCUGGGAGCAGACUUACCCCUGGUGUCAGAUCCAAAUGUUCCCAACGUGACUGUGACACGAAUGACUCUCAUCUGCACCGAAGCACCAGAACCAAUCACCAUGGACCUUACUGGUGACCUCCAGGCCUUGAAGAACACAAAGUUUGUGUUAAAGGAAGGCGUCUCCUACAAAGUGAAAAUCCAUUUCAAAGUCAAUAAAGAAAUUGUUUCUGGAUUGAAAUACAUAGCAACCACCUACAGGAAGGGGAUAAAAGUGGAGAAGACGACCUUCAUGGUGGGUAGUUAUGGUCCACGUACCGAAGAAUAUGAGUUUGUAUCCCCCGUGGAUGAAGCCCCGAAGGGUAUGACAGCUCGUGGCCAGUACUCUGUGAAAUCUAGCUUCACAGAUGAUGACAAGACUGAUCACCUGAGCUGGGAGUGGAUCCUGUCCCUGAAGAAGGAGUGGAAAGAAUAGUCAGUAUGGGAGAGAGAAGCUUCCUGCGUGAACACCCUGCCAUCCUCCUCAGCACCCUCCCUGCUAUGCCAGACACACCCAGUUCAGCUGUUCAAUCAAACCAUCCAGAACCCUAAACCAUUCCAGUAAACCACGACCCACCACGUGAGGGAAUAAUGAGAGGAAUAUCGUUCUUUACUUCCUCUUCCUCUCAUUCCUCCAUCUCCCACAGUCCAUUCUUUCUCCUCCACCCUCCAUCUUUCCUCUCUGUCUUUUCUCUUGUUUUGCCUUCAUCCUUUUUCUCUCUCCCUGUUCCCCCACUCUGUGUCUUGGCUCUCUCUCUCUCUCUCUCUUUCCCUGCUCUCUCUGACUCCACUUUCAAUCUCUUCCCCUUUUCUAUCUUUGGCUUUCUGCUUCACUUCCCUAUCUACUCUCAUUUGUUCCUGUUCUCUGUCCUCUCUCUCCCCUUCCCCCAAUGUUCUUGUGCCGUGUUGUGUAAAAGGAUCUCUGAAACACUCCAAACCCAGGUUGUGUGAUCAAGGAUUGGGUGAUGUGAUUGAGCUGACACCUUGUAAUAAGACUACAAUUUCUGUGACAACGUAAUGCUGUAUGAACUCUAUUUAAGAUACAGUCUGUUGCUGAUUUGCUGGUUUUAUUGUAAAUUACAAGUUUCCUUUAUCAGGUCUCACAGCUGCCAUUCUGUUAAUAAGACACAUUUAACUUC